AUGACAUGAAAACACAAAAAAAAAAAAAAAAAACGUCCUUGCAGGACCAUCUUCACCAGCUACCAGCUAGAAGAACUGGAGAAGGCUUUCAAGGACGCACACUACCCGGACGUUUACGCCAGGGAGAUGCUCUCGCUCAAGACAGACCUGCCCGAGGACAGGAUACAGGUGUGGUUUCAGAACCGCCGGGCGAAAUGGCGUAAGACUGAGAAGUGUUGGGGCAAGAGCACCAUCAUGGCCGAGUACGGGUUGUACGGCGCUAUGGUCCGGCACUCCCUACCCCUCCCGGACUCGAUCCUCAAGAGCGCCAAGGAAGGGGACGUGAACUCCUGCGCACCUUGGCUACUAGGGAUGCACCGGAAGUCCCAGGAGGCAGCGGAGAAGCUCAAGGACUCGGACCUCAGCUCGGACGGACACCAUUCGCAGCAGCCCUUGCAGCAACAGCAGCAGCAGCCACUGCAACAGUCCGGCAGUCCAGCCGCCGUCCAGCAGCCGCCUCCCUUCCACCACCUACAGCGUCAGGCCUCCUCCUCGUCCGGCUCGUCGUCUUCGCGGGGCUCCAGUCCUGUGCUCGGAGGACCACCUUCCAUGAACAAGGAGGACCUUCGGUCCUCCAGCAUCGCCUCCCUCAGAGCCAAGGCCAUCGAACACUCGGCCAAGGUGUUUGGAGAAGGUCCGGUAAGGAAUACCACCCACAAGGAGGUGUCCAUGGACAACAGGCCAUCCAUACAUUCCAUAGGAUCACUCUUCUAG